AAACUAUCGCCUCUUUCUCUCUUUGGUCACUUUGUUGUUCUAACCCACAAACAUGACAAGGACGAGACAGAGUUUGAGCCAAGAGAAAAGUGUUUCACACUUCACUUUACUCUUCUCUCACCCCUCUUUGACUUGAGCAGCUUAAAAAAGGCUGCACCCUAGGGUUCAUUCACCUACCUGAAAGCCUCAAGAUAAAUCACAGUUUCAAUGCACUUUUCAAACAAUGUGCCCCUCAGAAAAUAGUUGGUGAGUUAAGUUACAGAUAUUGUGGUUAUUAUGUUUUUAUUAUGUUUUUGUUUACCCGUUGUUGUUGGUCCAUCGCUGGUUUUACCUUUCGUUUAAAAUGAUUACCCAAUAUGAAAAAUAAAUAAUAUGUAGUUGGUACUUGGUUGUGCUAACUGCUCAAUUCAUCGUUGCUUCAUUUUUCCACAACCAUCUACCACUUCUCGGUGGUCAUUUAUUUAUCUGAGUUGCAAGUGUUCCCUUUCUCUGUUAUGCGUAGUUUGGAAAUGUUACUAGGAUUGUGUUGUGUGUGGAUGAGUUUGAGUUUGAGUUUGGGUUAGGCAAGAGCAUGCUUUAUGGGUCCACGUUUAUGACUUUUUUUGGGGUUUUAAAGAGAAAGCAUGAAUGGUAAGUGGUCCUUUGACCAUACCCAUUUGAAGAUGGCUAGGAUUCAGCAUCAAAUCCAACAAAAAGAUGGUUACUUGAGCUAUCCACCACCGGUUUUGCCUCCCCCUUCACCCCCAAUUUGGGGUGCAUUCCACAAAGAAUCAAUGUCUUCUUCUUCAUCAUCAUCAUCAACUCCCUCACCACCCUCACCUUCAUCCUCUGGUGCUAGAAUUAGUCCUGCUGUGCUUUUCAUCAUUGUGAUUCUGGCUGUUCUAUUUUUCAUCUCUGGCCUGCUCCACCUGCUUGUUAGAUUUCUCAUGAAGAAUUCUUCUUCCUCAGCAUCUUCCCAAUCCAAUAGGAACCAUGAAAAUGCAACCUCUGAUGCUCUUCAAAGGCAGCUGCAACAACUGUUCCAUCUUCAUGAUUCUGGUCUGGACCAGGCUUUUAUUGAUGGACUUCCUGUUUUCCAAUACAAGGAGAUAAAGGGGUUGAAGGAGCCAUUUGAUUGUGCUGUUUGUCUCUGUGAGUUUUCUGAAAAGGAUAAGCUCAGGUUGCUCCCUAUGUGCAGCCAUGCCUUUCAUAUCAGUUGUAUAGACACCUGGCUUUUGUCCAAUUCCUCAUGCCCUCUUUGCAGGGGUACCCUCCUUACUCCUGGCUUUUCCCUUGAAAAUCCAGUGUUUGAUUUUGAUGAUUUGAGGGAUGAUAAUGGCGAACAUGAAUUCACAACUAGGCAGAAAACGGUUGAAAUUGAAGAAACUGUAGUAGAGAAGGGGGUUUUCCCUGUGAGACUUGGCAAAUUCAGAAGACUUGAUGUGGAGGCAGAGGUGGCUGCAGGAGGAGAGACUAGUAGCAAUAAUUUGGAUGCCAGAAGAUGUUACUCCAUGGGAUCUUAUCAGUACGUGCUUGGGAAGUCAGACCUCAGAAUAACCUUGAGCCAUGACCGAGAAGGUCGACGUGAUGCACAGUUAUUGAAAGGAACAGAAAACUUAGAGAGACUUUCAGUUGAGGGGGAUAUUGAAGCAAAGAAGAUUACAAGUGUGUGUAAAGGUGAGAGCUUUUCUGUUUCCAAAAUCUGGCAGUGGUCACAGAAGGGAAAAUUUUCCGUUUCUUCUGAUACCCAGAUGAAUAUGCCCUCUUCUCUUAUCACGGAUUUGCCUUGGAUGAGAGAAACAAGAAGGACAUGAAAGAUGGGGUUAUUGAUGUACUACAAUGCUGUGAUAUGAAGAUGGAAGAAAUUUAUGAUUCUAUAAAAACAGAUUUUAGGAAUGAACUGAUACAAGUUGUAACAAUGACCCAACAACCAUUGGAGACAGCCAAAAUUUCAGGAUAUUCACAGAUGGAAAAAAAGUUUAUCUAGGGGGAUAAAGUAUUUGCCAAAACUAUGUAGCACGUCACUGAACCAUAGUUGUUUCGAGAUUCAUAUGUUGAUAAAUAUCAAACAUUUGAUAUCUUAGGAGAAGCAAACGAUUAUGAUAUGCUAUUCUUAAAUUUGAUUCCAUUUUGUUGUGAUCUUGUAAGUGACAUUUGAUGAUAUACGCAUUUGCGUUACAAAAA